CACGACUCACGGGCAUGCAAGUCGAAAGGCAAACAACUGAGAGCGAGACUGGGUAAAACAGCGUGGUUGCUUUCCUUCGCGUUGCAAGCCUUUCAUUCUGGGUUUUUAGCAGUACAGUUUUUAGUCAUGCCGAAGAAUAAAGGAAAGGGAGGAAAGAAUCGUCGUCGUGGAAAGAACGAGAACGACAAUGACAAGAGAGAGCUAGUCUUCAAGGAGGAUGGCCAAGAGUAUGCGCAGGUCACCAAGAUGCUUGGUAACGGUAGACUCGAGGCGCUCUGCUUUGAUGGCGUAAAGCGGUUAUGUCACAUCCGUGGAAAGCUAAGAAAGAAGGUAUGGAUUAAUCAAGGUGACAUCAUCCUUAUUGGCUUGAGAGACUAUCAGGAUUCCAAGGCUGACGUAAUUCUCAAGUACAACUCAGAUGAAGCACGUAACUUGAAGGCGUACGGAGAGCUGCCAGAAACAGCCAAAAUCAAUGAAACAUCAACGUUCGGUCCAGAUGAUGGAGAAGACAUUCUCUUUGAUGAUAACGCAGACGACGAGGAUGAUGAGGUGGAUGACAUUGAUGCUAUUUGAGUGGUCUUCUGGAAAGAAAAGCCUGCUCCGUACUGUAUGCUACCAUCGUGUAUGAAACACUCAUAGAACACAUGCAGUCCUACCUUAUUUAGACCCUUCUAAUAAUUUUAAUGUUACCCUUGUUGGGUUUUUUCUGUUCAUAUUCUUUCUGUUGGUCUCUAAUGCACGUAUUAUUUCUUAUUUUCGCCUCUCUUUGGCAAUUAAGUGCGUGGAAUGCAUAACUUUGGUGAAUACAGUCUGAAGCAGGGUAAA